AUGUCCACUAACUUCGAAAAACACUUUGAAGAAAAUGUCGACAACUGUUCUCUGGAACAGUUAAGAGACAUUUUGAUCAAUAAGUCUGGAACCACCAAACUGGCAAAUCGUUUCAGAGCUCUUUUCAACCUAAAGGGUGUUGCUGAGGAGUUUGCAUCAAAUCCUGAAGAUGCUCGCAAGGCCACCGAAUACAUCAACGAGUGUUUUGCAGACGAGAGUGAACUGUUGAAACACGAAGUAGCAUACGUCUUGGGACAAACCAAAAAUAUGGUCGGUGCCCCGCUUUUGAGAAAAGUGCUAGAAGACCAAAACCAGCAGUGUAUGGUGCGUCACGAGGCUGCUGAAGCGCUUGGGGCCUUGGGAGAUUUGGACUCGUUGCCUAUGCUUGAGACGUAUUUCAAAGAGGACCCACUGUUGGAAAUAAGGCAAACGUGUGAGCUGGCCAUCGGCCGCAUAAAAUGGCAGACCAGCGAGUCGGGAAAGAAGGAAAACCUCCAGGAUUCGCUUUACUCGAGCAUCGACCCGGCCCCACCCCUCACUUUGGACAUCAACAUCAAAGUGGAAGAGUUGAAACAGAUCCUGAACGACCAGGAAAAGCCAUUGUUCGAAAGAUACAGAGCGAUGUUCAGACUCAGAGACAUCGGCAACGACGAGGCCUGUAUGGCUUUGGCUUCAGGAUUCGACGACCCAUCGGCUCUUUUCAAGCACGAAAUUGCUUACGUUUUCGGCCAGGUCGGUAAUGCUAUCGUGGUGCCCAAAUUGAUCGAGGUGCUGAACCGGGAAAACGAAGCACCAAUGGUGAGACACGAAGCGGCAGAAGCCUUGGGUUCGAUAGCCACCGAUGAUGUACUUCCUAUCCUCAAGGGUCAUCUUAAUGAUAAAGACGACGUGGUGAGGGAAUCGGCCAUUGUAGCUCUCGACAUGUACGAGUACGAGAACAGCAAUGAGUUGGAGUAUGCUCCUUCCUGA